GGCGGCCGCUUUGUCGCGCCCGCGGAGGCAGAGAGGAGCGGCGGGGAGCGAGAGAGAAACGCGCUUCGGUUAUCGUUCCAGGACCCCGCCAUGGUGCAGCAAGCGGAAAGUACAGAGACCGAGAGCAACCUGCCCAGGGAGGCGAUGGACACGGAAGAGGGCGAGUUCAUGGCUUGCAGCCCGGUCGCUUUGGACGAGAGCGAUCCGGACUGGUGCAAAACGGCGUCGGGGCACAUUAAGAGACCGAUGAACGCGUUCAUGGUGUGGUCCAAAAUCGAGAGGAGAAAAAUCAUGGAGCAGUCCCCAGACAUGCACAACGCGGAGAUCUCCAAGCGCCUGGGCAAGCGGUGGAAAAUGCUGAAGGACAGCGAGAAGAUCCCUUUCAUCCGGGAGGCGGAGAGGCUGCGGCUCAAGCACAUGGCCGAUUACCCCGACUACAAAUACCGGCCCAGGAAAAAGCCCAAAAUGGACCCGUCGGCCAAGCCCAAUGCCAGCCAAAGUCCGGAGAAAAACGCCCCCACCAGCAGCAACAAAAGCGCCAAGAGCUCCAGUAAGAAAUGUAGCAAGCUGAAAUCCUCCUCCGCCUCCUCUCCCCCCAAGCCGGGAGCCAAAGCCGCCCACCACGCGGACUACGCGGGGGACGAGUACGUCUUCGGCACCCUCAAAGUGAGCAGCAAGACGGUCAAGUGCGUCUUCAUGGACGAGGAGGACGAGGACGAGGAGGACGAGGACGAGCUGCAGCUGCGGAUCAAGCAGGAGGCGGAGGAGGAGGACGAGGACGAGGAGCCGGGGCAGCAGCAGCUGCGGCGGUACAACGUGGCCAAGGUGCCGGCGAGCCCCACCUUGAGCUCCUCGGCGGAGUCCACCGAGGGGGCGAGCCUCUACGAGGAGGUGCGGGGCGGCGCGGCGGCGCACGGCGGCGGCGGCAGCAGACUCUACUACAGCUUCAAGAACAUCACCAAGCAGGGCCCGCCGGCGCCGCCGCCGCCCGGCCUCUCGCCCGCCUCCUCCCGCUCCAUCUCCACCUCGUCGGCCGGCAGCGAGGAGGCGGACGACCUGCUCUUCGACCUCAGCCUCAACUUCUCGCAGCACAGCCACGCCGCCGCCGAGCUGGGGGUGGGCGCCGCCGCCGGCAACCUCUCCCUCUCGCUGGUGGACAAGGACCUGGACUCCUUCAGCGAGGGCAGCCUCGGCUCCCACUUCGAGUUCCCCGACUACUGCACCCCGGAGCUGAGCGAGAUGAUCGCCGGCGACUGGCUGGAGGCGAACUUUUCCGACUUGGUGUUCACGUACUGAGCGGCGGAGCGGGCGUGUCGCAGCCCGGCAGCAGCGGCCGAGGCGAUGCUGGUGGCGCCGGGAACGGCGCAGCUGGAGCGAGAUGAUGAUGAUGAUGAUGAUGAUGAUGAUUUAAAAAAAAAAAAAAGUCUUGUUUUCUUUUAGGAAGAAAAAAAAGAAGUCUCGAAGUUAGUUCCAAACCGAGCCCGGGAGUUGUGAUUUUUUAUUUUUUAUUUUUAUUUUUUUUAUUUUUAUUGCAUUUGGUGAUCACAACAACAAAAAAAAGGCAAAUGGGACUGGGGAAAAAAUGAUACAGAAGGCGCUGUUUGAAGCUUGUCGGUCUCUGAUUGAAGUCUGGAAGAUGGUCUGCAAAGAAGUCUUUUGGCAGCACAACUGUUACUCAAGGGGGUUUGUGGAUUUUUUUUUUUUAUAUUAUUUUCCCGUGAGAGAUCUUAAAGAACUGUUCUGAUUUUUUUUUUUUUCCAAAAGGGACCAUUGCAAGUUUUUUUUUGGAGGGAGAAAACUGAUGUCUUCUAUGCAUCCGAUUCUUAACAAAGCUGCAGGGAGCUUGAAAAAAUGCAGACUGUACAAACGCUUACAAAUAACUGAACUGACUUAAGAUCAGAGUUUACUUUUCAGAUCAAAUUGUUUAUGGUUUUACAAAUGUGAUUUCUACUUGCCAACUUUUUUUUUUUUUUUUUUUGUAACUUGUUCCCUUAUACCUCCUUGAUUGAAUACCAGACAGCCUAGACCUCAGUACAAAAAGGUAUUGAAACAUUUUUGAUACAUAACAGACCUCAGUCUUUUUUAAAAAUUAAUAUAUUUUCAGGCGUAUUUUUGUACAGUGAAAAGGGAACAUUCUUGCUGUGUUUUUUCAGUAAGACUUUUCAGGCACUUCUUCCCUUUUAUUUUUCUUUUUCUCUGUUUUUAGCAUGCAAGUUUGUUGGUACGUUACGUCCUGGUUUUAAAAGGAUUAAAAUUUUAAAAAAUAAUCCUUGCAUCUAAAGGCCUUGUGGUUUUAAAAAAAAAGAAACAAACACUUUUUUUUUGUACAGCUAUAGUUCAGAUUUGUUCAAUAUUUGUAGGUAAAGAUUUAUUGAAAAUGGUGAUAUAGACCUCAGAGCUGUUAUCUUAGUUUAAAAGAUUGUAUAUGUACUGUACUAUAGUAGGACUUUAUGUAUCUCAUACGCUGUGAUAUGUGGAUGGGGCCCCAGAUGGAAGGUAUGAAACUGGAUUCUCGAUUUUAGCAAAAAAGAAAAAAAAGGCACAUAGUUAAAGUUUCUCAUGUUGUGCAAUAUAAUCUAAAGUACAGACCAUCUGCAUAAUUUGUAGCAAAUGAUGGCAAAAGCAGACUUGUGCACUGUCAACAUCAU